CUCGAAUUCUCUAUUUCAAUCGACCCAGUCUCUCGCGUUCCACCACAUCGGCAUGUCUCUCGUUAACUUGUCGAAAGUCCUUUGCUUCGCUACUUUCUUUUCGCAUAACUCUUACGCAGCUGAAACGAUUGGCCUAUCAAGAGCUCUCGAAUCAAGCAGUGCUACACUAACCAGCAAUGACACCGUACCGAGGCCGACAGGAAGAUGGAUCAGCCCCGAGUACAAGUGGUUUUUCGAAUAUCAUUUACCGAUUCCCCCGGUCAAGGAUAAGACGCUGACCUACACCAAAGACUCCACGGGAGAAGUCAUCGAUUACUACCAGAUCGACUUGAAGAGCUUCAAGAAGCAGAUAUAUCCUACACUUGCCGCAACAGAUCUAGUAGGGUAUGAUGGAAUCACACCGGGGCCAACGUUUGUUAUGCCGCGAGGUCGAGAGGCCGUAGUCCGGUUUACAAACAAAGGGCCAACAAACAUGUCGGUUCAUGUGCACGGUCAGUAUAACCGAGCACCAUUCGACGGUUGGGCGGGAGAUUAUGCGCUUCCAGGGCAAUACAAAGAUUACUACUACCCGAACACCCAGAGUGCAAGAACUCUAUGGUAUCACGACCACACCGAGUUUAGGACCGGCGAGAACGCAUACCUCGGGCAAGAAGGCUUCUACCUCAUCACGGAUUCUGAGGAAGAAGCUUUGGAGUUACCAAAAGGCAACUAUGACGUGCCGCUAGUACUUGGUUCGAAGAUAUAUAACUCCGAUGGGUCACUGAGGUAUGACACGAACGAUAACGUUGGUUUAUGGGGCGACAUUAUUGAAGUAAACGGGCAGCCUUGGCCAUUCCUCAAUGUGGAGCCCCGCAAGUAUCGCUUGCGCUUGCUCAACGGAGCAGUCAGUCGGGUAUUUUCCCUCUCCUUUGAGAAGGAUCUCGGUAGAGACACUCUGAACUUUGAUAUUAUUGCAUCCGAUGGCGGUCUCUUCCCCUCAGUACACACCGAAUCCAUCACACUAUCCAUGGGCGAGCGCUAUGAGGUCAUUGUCGACUUUUCACCUUUUGUAGGCACGAACAUCACUAUGCGAAACUCUGGUAGAAUGGGCGAAAACGUCGACUACGCCGCCACCGAUAUCGUCAUGCGAUUUGUGGUCGGUCAGUCCGUCAGCGACAACAGUAGCAACGGGCCUGUACCAUCGUCUCUUCGCGAUGUACCGCCCGUGCCCAGGGAUGCUGCGGUCAAGGACUUUACCUUCUCGCGUGUCGGAGACGAGUGGCUCAUCAACGGUAUUGGCUUUGCGGACGUCGAGCACCGCAUAUUGACCCGACCUCCCCGGGGUGCUACAGAGAUUUGGACCAUCCGUAACGGGGGCGGUGGCGGGACGCACCCAGUUCAUAUCCAUCUUGUGGAGUUCCAAGUGCUCUCCCGCACUGGCGGACGGAAUACCGUCUUUGAAUAUGAGUCCGCUGGUCUGAAAGAUGUGGUGUGGCUAGCUGCUGGCGAGACCGUGCAAGUCGUCGCCCGUUAUGCGCCUUGGGAUGGCGUGUACAUGUUCCACUGCCACAAUUUAGUUCAUGAGGAUCACGACAUGCUCGUCGCUUUCAACGUCACUCAACUCGCGAAUUGGGGCUACGACAACUCUACCAUUUUUAUCGACCCUAUGCAGCCGGAAUUCCGGCCUAAGAAUAUCAUCCCAGACGAUUACACUAGAGAAGCCAUCACGAUGAAGAUCGCUUGGUUCUACAGCACGAACGCGUAUAACCAUGGUAAUACUUCAGCAGUGUACUCCGCACUCGACGCCUACUCGAGUGGCGGAAGAGAAGCUUCCUCUACGAUCAUUGUGCCCAAAACGCCUUCGGCACGGACUACCAAUAUUGGAGAGAUGAGUAGCCUGUUUACAGCAGCGCCGAGCAGCUCAUGCACGACAUCGACAACAAGGAGUUCGGGGUGGUAGGACGAUCAGGUGCGCGCUUCCACUGGGUAGGACCUGUACAGCGAGAGAGAUCCUUUCUUGAUGGCACUUUGGAAUCGUG